AUGCUCGACCACCCGCUUCUAGAGGACAUUCAACGGCUACUGAGAAAGUGUGAUGCCUUGCAGGUUGUGCACGUGUUCCGGAAGGAGAUCAAGAAGUUGGUAAACAUUCGCAUGAUCAAUGGUAAGAGAACGAGAGUUCGUGCUAUUGUUUAUAAAACUGUUCAUCACCCAGCUCGAACUGAACGCGAUGUAAUAAAAAUUAUGGUUGACGCCGUAGACAAUAUAAAGCUCAUAUGCAAAAUGGUAAAAGUAGGAGUCGCAAGUACUAUUUAUGAUGUUUCUGGGAUUGUUGCCACGGAUCGUCAACAAACCUUAGCCAUUUGUUGAAUCCUUGGAGCAGCUUUCAAACGAUGUAUAAGCUACAGAAUAAGCUUAGAGAUAUAG